AUGGGAUAAAAUAAGGCUUUUGGACAAUAUAUUUUGAAAAUAAUAUUAUGUAAACAAGUUAUUAUUAUUGUAAAGUGGUGGUGGAGAGUAUUUUAAGGAUGGUUGUAAGAGAGGAAGAUGGACUGAAUUACAUGAUAAUUUUGAUAGGUUUUAUACUAUAUUUUACAAUAUAAUUCAAGCAAUACUAAAGUUAUAAUAACUGGUAAUUACUAAGAUAAUCGAAAAAAUGGAAGAUGGAAUUUUUUUCAUGGAUCAAAAAUUAUGUAUUAAAAAAUUAUGAUUUCUAAAGAGGAGGAGGAUUUUAUGAUGAGGAUGGAUAUAAACAUGGAUAAUGGGUAGAAUUGGAUGAAGAUUUCAACUAAAGUUUGGUUGAUCCAUGUAAAUUAACAUUUUUUGGAGAAUAUGAUCGAGGCGUAAAAAAGGGGAAAUUUAUACAAAAUGAAAUUGAUUGA